ACGGGCACGCAUACCUUUCAGCUGCUCGGAGUCUCGCUGCGUAGUUUACAAAUAAAAAAUGUUGGAUGGAAAAAUUACCAAGCUGAUUGUCAGCGACGUACGGUUCCCGACGUCUUUAGAGCAUCAUGGUUCAGAUGCAAUGCAUUCUGACCCCGAUUACUCUGCGGCAUACGUUGUUCUUGAGACUGACGCUGAAAAUGGCUUCAAAGGCUGCGGGCUGACCUUCACCCUGGGCCGAGGCACCGAGAUUGUGGUGUGUGCAGUGAAGGCCCUUUCCCCACUUGUGCUUGGAAAACGUUUUGGAGACAUUGUGAAUGACUUCCGAGGUUUUUACAGACUUCUUACAAGUGAUGGGCAAAUGAGAUGGAUUGGGCCAGAGAAAGGUGUCAUACAUCUUGCCACUUCAGCAGUGCUUAAUGCUGUUUGGGAUCUUUGGGCCAAGAUGGAAGGCAAGCCUCUCUGGAAGUUAUUGGUUGAUAUGCAACCUGAGCAGCUAGUGUCCUGCAUAGAUUUCAGAUACAUCACUGAUGUGCUGACAGAAAAAGAAGCUUUGGAUAUUCUUAGGAAAGCUCAAAGUGGAAAGGAACAAAGAGAAGAGAAAAUGUUGAAGAUUGGCUACCCUGCUUAUACAACUUCAUGUGCUUGGCUUGGAUACUCAGAUGACCAUUUGAGAAAGCUCUGUGCGAAAGCAAUGGAGGAAGGCUGGACUAGGUUUAAAGUAAAAGUUGAUGCAGACCUUCAAGAUGAUAUCCGAAGAUGCAAGCUUAUCAGAGAAAUAAUAGGACCUAACAAUACCCUGAUGAUUGAUGCCAACCAACGAUGGAAUGUUGAUGAGGCUAUUAAGUGGGUUUUAUCACUAGCUGAAUUUAAACCUCUGUGGAUAGAAGAGCCAACUUCACCUGAUGACAUCCUUGGACAUGCUACCAUUUCCAAGGCAUUGGCCCACUUAGGAAUUGGAGUCGCCACUGGUGAACAGUGCCAUAACAAAGUAAUUUUUAAACAGCUGCUACAGGCAAAGGCAGUACAAUUUGUCCAGAUUGACAGCUGCAGGCUUGGUAGCGUCAAUGAAAACAUCUCUGUUCUGUUAAUGGCAAAUAAAUUUAAAGUUCCUGUCUGCCCCCAUGCUGGAGGAGUUGGGCUCUGUGAGCUUGUACAGCAUCUUAUUCUGUUUGACUACAUAACUGUAUCUGGAAGCCUAGAAAACCGGAUGUGUGAAUAUGUGGAUCAUUUACAUGAGCAUUUUAAAAGCCCAGUGAUCAUCAAAGAUGCACACUAUAUGCCACCACAGGAUGCAGGAUAUUCUACGGAAAUGAAGGAGGAUUCAGUAAAGAAAUAUCAAUUUCCUGAUGGGGAAGUCUGGCAGGAACUGUCCUCUCAAAUGAAAUGUCUGACUUGAAUAUAGAGGUGGCUUGUCAUCUGAGAUAGUGAGUUGCCUUGCACAACAUUCUCAUAGAUUCAAAUAAUCACACCAUGUGCUUAAAAGAAGUGAGCAGGUCAAAAUAUUUACUGUGGAAACCAAUGUAAUUUUAUAAUUUUAUUGAAAUCUUGGCAUACAGAAUUCCAAGAUUCAGGAAAUAUGUAUUAAAGGGCUU